AUGUCACCCUUGAAUGAACUUACUACUCCGACUACAGCAGGGCCUAAAAUGGACGCACAAGUUGCAGGUGAUGGAGUGGAAGCCUUCCCAGGCAUGCAUACAGAACGGGCUGAAAUGGAAGCAACAGUCUAUGGUGGAGUGGAAGGGGCUGAAAGGGAAGCGGAAGUCCCUGCUGAUGGAGUGGAAGCUUUUCUAGCCAUGCAUAUACAAGGGCUAAAAGGGAAGCCGAAGUCCCUGCUGAUAUUGUGGAAGGCUUCCCAGGCAUGGAAGUCGAAGCCGCUGAAAUUGACACUUCAGUUUGUAACAAACAAGUGCACCAACAACCUCACAAGGUUCCUACUUCGGAAGAUGUGA